AUGUAUUUCAAUCAUAAUAAGGAGAGACGAAUAGGGGAAAAGCUUACUUAUGGGAAGUUAAAGAAGAAAAUUCAUAAAAGUGUGGAACAACUCCAGAAACAUGAUCCCGAAGUUCGAGUAUCUGAAGUACCGACCACGAACUUACUUGUGAGUAAUAGCAGCAUUCUUUGUGAUGUUUCUCCCGAAGAGGUAGAAGAUAUAUUUUCAGAAUUCGACAGCGAAGCCAGUUACGUAGUUUAUCCCAAUAAGAGGUCUUAUUCCUUUGUAACGUUAUCAACCAUUGAAAAGGCUGUUCAUGCUCGAGAAGAAUUAAACGGUUUUGUACAUCCCAAACUCAAGAAAUCCCAUCAACCAUUCGUCAUUAGUUUUGUUGAAAAUCUUCCAAACGAAAAGCAGAAAAGAGAACAAACCUUUCCGACGGAUUUGGUUAUCCGAGAGGACUUUCUAAGCGAUGAAUUAGAACAGGAAAUAGCAGAUCUUUUACUCAAGCAUCCAAAAAAUGCUUCCCUCAAGCAUCGAAGUGUAAUUCAUUUUGAACACGAGUUCGAUUAUGGUACAAACGCUGGAGCAAAAGUUACAGAGCCUGCACCUGAGCUCAUAAGGCAAUUCGCUGAGCGCUUGGUAAAGGAAGGGAUAACUACAGAGAUGCCUGAUCAAAUAACAGCUAACAUUUAUGAGCCAGGACAAGGAAUUCCAUCUCAUUAUGAUACUCAUUCUGCAUUUGAAGACCCUGUGAUAUCUUUGAGUUUACUAUCUGAUGUUGUGAUGGAAUUUAAAGACGGAGCUAAUUCAGCUCGCAUUGCCCCAGUCCUUUUAAAACGAAAGUCCUUAUGUGUGAUUCAAGGAGAGUCGAGGUAUAAAUGGAAACAUGGAAUCGUUAAUAGAAAUUACGAUGUUGACCCAGUUUCAAACAAAAUGCUCAAAAGAGAGUUACGGAUAUCUUUAACAUUCCGCAAAAUCCGCCAUGAGCCAUGCCAAUGUGAUUAUAAAGAGUUUUGUGAUUGGGACAGAAAGGGAGAAAUGGGUAUACCGAAUUCGGAAACAGCUGCAAGGAAGUUGGAGGAUAAUUAUGUUAGUGAAGUUUAUGAAAAAAUUUCGUCUCAUUUCGAUGAGACUCGUCAUUCUAGUUGGAAAGCCGUUAAAAAAUUUCUGGAAUCACUCCCGGAUUACUCUGUGAUGUAUGAUGUCGGUUGUGGAAACGGAAAGUAUCUGAUCGCUAAUGAUAAAUUGAUCAAAAUCGGAUGUGAUAUGUGCAACGGAUUGUGCUCAAUCGCUUAUAGAAAAAAUUGCCAUGUUUGUCGAGCUGAUGGAUUACAUUUGCCAUUCAAAGAUAAUGCUGAUGCUGUUAUAUCAAUUGCUGUCCUUCAUCAUAUGUCUUCUUUUGUACGAAGGCAACAGCUGAUUAAAGAAAUCUUGCGAGUUUUGAAACCUGGUGGUAGAGCUUGCAUUACCGUAUGGUCUAUGGAUCAGAGCGAUUCGGAAUACGCCAAAAUGAGGAAUAACAAGGAUGAGACAGAAGUGCUUGAAAGUGGUACGGAACGGUUGAAGAUUCAUGACGGAAAGAAUUUUGCUCAACAAGACGUGCUUGUCCCUUGGAUUAUUGAGGCCCAGAAUGAAACUUUCCUUAGGUUUUACCAUGUUUUUCGGGAGGGUGAAAUGGAGGAAUUAAUCAAUUCUGUGGAUGGCUGUCGUCUGGAAAGUGUAGAGAAGGAACAAGGCAAUUAUAUCGCCAUUUUUGAGAAAUUAUAG